UUGAGAGAUCCAAGUCUUCAUCAAACAAGACAUCUUCAGCAACAACAACGACAACAACAGAGACAUACCAUUAGACAACAACAACAAUACCGCCGCAGCCGCGCCUGUCCUCCGCCUCAAUGUCGGCUCAAGGUAUCAGCGGUACAGCCCAUCAUCGUUUUAUCGGUGGCGGCCAGAGUAGUCCGACUGCAACGUUGCUUGCCAUCAAUGGUGGUCAGCCGACGACCCGGACCAAYAUGGGCUUAAUCGAUGGUCACCAUCAUAGUCAUCACGGCAGCAGCGGUGCUGGUGGUCAUCAUCAUCAUCAUCAUAACGCGGCGGCUGUAGCCGCAGUGGCCAAUAAGUGCAAAGACAUUUUGAUGAACUCUCUAAACAACAACAACAAUGUUGUGGUCAACGAUAGUAACAAUAAUAUGAGCGGUAGUGGUGGCAGUGGUGGUGGUGGUCAUCAUCAUCAUCAACACCAACAUCAUCAGCCACAGCAAAACGGCCACAAAAGUGGCCUUAAUAUCAAUAAUAUGUUUUCGAUGCCAUUGAAUAAUAUGCCGCCGCUUUAUUUGUUUAAUUCCGAUCACAAUCCRAUGCGGACAUCACAAGGGAUUGGUGGUGGUGGACAUCAUCACCAUCAGCAGCAACAACAACAACAUCACAAUCAGUCGUCGCCGCCAACAACAAUACCGCCACUGAUGUCGGCACACUCUGCCGGCGGCGGCGGUGGCAGUGGCGGCAGUACUGGGAGUCCGCAUUUGACUCCGCAUAAGUCGCAUCCAGUUAUAAAUCAUCACCACUUGAACAGUACGGUCCACAGAGAUGGUAAUACGCCGUCACCGCUCAGCCUAUCGUCGAUCUCAAACAAUCUGAAUGACGGCACAGGAAAUGCAUUUUCGAUGUCAAAACAUUCGUCGUCGUCGUCGCGCAAUUCGGACGGUCUAAUAUCGGGACUGAAUUUUGGCCAAAACGAUGGUUUCUUAAGCUAUCAUCAGUCGUCGCCCGCCGAAAACCCGACAUCGACGCCCACCAGUUUUACGACAUCAUCACUGGACGGCUAUCUUACUGGCGGCGGACAGGGAGGUCACAGUUCUAAUCAUUCGUUCGAUUUGCUCGAUUCGGACUCGUUUUCCGAAAUGCCGAACACAUUGUCACCGAAUUGCCAAUCGUUUGACGACAACAACAACAACAGUCAUAAACAUAUGUCAGUGUCGGGUCCGUCACCUCAGCACAAGACAGAUAGCGGCGGCAGUGGUGGCAGUAGUAGUGGCGGUUGCGGUAAUGGUCCGGGACGAAARAAACGUAAAAACGGUCCGCCGGUUCGGCCCCAGUGUCCCGAAUGUGGCAAAGAGUUUUCCAAUCAAAGCGCACUGUCGAAGCACAAGUUGACCCAUUCGGACGAACGCCGAUUCGUUUGCAACCAAUGCGCCAAAGCGUUCAAACGACAGGACCAUCUCAACGGCCAUCUAUUAACGCACAGAAGCAAAAAGCCGUACGAAUGCGAUGUCGACGGCUGCGAGAAAACCUAUUGCGACGCCCGAUCGCUGAGGCGACACAAAGARAAUCAUCAUCCGACUGGUCCGCCAAACGGUACGCCAAACCAGUUGUCGCAGACACUGGCAUUCAUACCGGGAAUUCCGCUCAACUUUUCCACGUCGUCUAACCCGACGACGAUAACAACGACGGCGUCGGCACCAACUGCUGGCUCAGUAGGACUGACGGUCAACAAUAACUCGUUGAAUCGCAUUCAAUACGCACCUCCGCCGCCGGCACCACCACGUCCUCCCGCGUCCAUCAUUACGCAAACCAUACCUACAACUGCCACCAUUCCUGCCGUACCCGAUAUACAAUCAGCCGGCGGCGGCGGACACCAAUCGGCGGCCACACAAUUGCAGCGACUGGCGCUUCACAAACAGGACAAUAUCAACAACAACAACAACAAUAUUAUGGCCGAUAAAUGGAAACACAGGGACAACAACAACAGCCAYCACUCAGCGAMCGCCGAUAAGUGGAACUAUACGUCGGUUAUCAAUAAGAAUAUAAAUAAUAUGUUAAACAAUGGUUCGGCUGCUGAUGUCGUCAAACAACAACAACAACACAUUGCCGUCAAACAAGAGUUGGCUAAUAAAUUGCAAUCAAAUACGGGUUUAUUGAACGCCGCGACCGUUGCCGCCGCCGCUGCUGCCGAUAGUCCCGAAAAUGCAUUAUUGCAUCAGUUGCUGACCAACGGUCAGAGUGUGGACAACAGUCAGCCACAGCCACAGACACAAAAAGUAGUACAACAACCAUCGUCUCAGCAACCGUUGUAUCAAUUGAUUCAACAGCAACAACAACAACAACAACAACAGAGUCAGCUGAACCAUCAGCACUCAAAGCAACAGCAAAUUGGUCACCAAAGGCAUCCAUCACCUCAUGAACUAACCUAUAGAUCUCAACCAUCAUCGCAACAGCCAUCGUCUAAUGAGUCACAACAACAACAACAACAACAACAGCAACAGUUGGCCGACAGCUGGCCGUACACUAUGUUCACGCAUAACAAGUCUGAACCACAACAAGUGGAGUGUUCACUAUGUCAGAGAAAAUUCAAAAACAUACCGGCGCUCAACGGUCAUAUGCGACUUCACGGCGGUUACCUUAAGAAUCAAUCGCAAAACAACAACAACAAUAGUGUACACAAUGGAUCAAUCGGUUCCAAGAAACAAGAACAACUUCUGCAGCAGCAAAACAAUAGCAAACACUCGUCAGUGGACAACAAUCAGAUGAAUGCCAACGUUAAAGCCAUACUCGAUGUCAUCAAAGAGAAGAUAUCGCGCAAACAACAAGCGGCGGCAGCAGUGGCAGCGGCGGCCAAUGCUAACGGAUCCACUGGUUUGGGUCCACCACCGCCUCCACCGAUACAACAACAACAACAACAUCACCACAUUCAUCAUCACCAACAACAACAACAACAACAACGACAACAGUCACACAUACACUCAUUGCAUGGACCGCCGCAACAGCAAACAAUGAACAGUCCGAUGGCGCCAAUACUGUCGCCAAUAACACCAGUAACGCCGCUAAACAGCAGCAGCAGCAGUGGUCAGGCAUCGAGUUUUAACUAUGACUUUCAUCAUAAUACUGGUGGCAAUGCUGCGACCGCAUCCGUCAGCAACAAUGGUCUAAACAAUUACGACAUCGGCGACGAUGACUACGACGAUAAUCAGCAGCUAAUACUACUYAAACAACAGUUGCAACAGACGGAACUGUUUCGUAUGCCUACCCAACCGUCGGCGGCCACUAUCACACAGAAUAGGCUACUGGCGGCCCAAGAACUUCGUCAGCAGCAAAGUCGCCGACACAGCGAUUCGAGUGAUAUAAGUAGUGCCAACAACAACAGUGUGGACAACAACAAUGUUGGUCAGCAAAACAGCGCCGUAGUUACCAAACAACAACAGCUACAACAACAACAACAACAAAUGUCUUACCAAUCGACAGAUCUAUAUGCGACCCAACAGUUCAAUGAUCUGCUUCGUCGGCGAACACAACGGACGUGUUCGGAUCCCGGCUCUUCGGAUCAGCCAUUGAUGACCAUAAAUACCAACUAUCAGUCCACACAACAACAACAUCAGCACAACAACAACAACAACAAUAUGUUUAACCAUCAAUACUAUAGUCAUUCGGUGCCAAAUACGCCCACACUUUGUCAAAACAAUUCAGCACAUCAUCAACAACUACAGCCACACUCGUUGCCAUCGACGCCGACCGCGGCUGCGGCUCCCGUAACGUUUGUCCACUCGCCCAAUCAUCAUCAGACUUCUGUGCCCAAUACGCCCACCGACGCCAACCAACAGUUCAGUUUUAUGACCGUCGCGUCGCCGAUGAAUCACAGUUCAGUACAUUCGCAGUAUUCGGCUUCGCCGUCAUCAGUGGCCGCCCAAUACUCGCCGAAUACACCGUACAGUCCGAAUCACGCGGCUGUUCAACAUUUUACUUAUUCAGUGCCACAACAACAACAACAGCAGCCAACACAAGCACAGACACCUGUCUAUGAGGACCAUCACCACCACCAGCAACAACAGCAACAGCCUAUCGAUGCCAAUACAUAUGAAGAUUCACAGAUGUACGACGCGAUCAGCGACUAUACACACCAUACAUCCGGUGGUCCGACCGAUACUACAUUAACUGAUGAACAGUUCAACUUUGAUGACGAUGAGGACGACAACAACAACAACACUAACCAUAUGACCACAACAAAUGGCCAAUACUUUACCGAAACAUUACCGCAAAAUCAGAUGACAACAACUGUUGUUACGGCUAACAUACAAAUGAAUGGCCAACCGAUGGAUCAAAUGGCCAUCGAUUCGAUUAGUCGACAACAACAAAAACAACAACAGUUUUUCGAUAGCUAUACGUCCGCCACCGCCGCGACCAACAAUAAUAAUAACAACAACGCUAGUCAUGACUACAAUCAAAUCGUGACGACAACAACACCUGUUAACUAUGGCCAGACAUCGGCCGACUAUUGGACACAACAACAACAGUCGACAACAAUGUCAUCAAAUAUACAAAUGUCGUCUCAAAUGAAACAACGACAACAACAACAGCAAAGUCUACAGCAUAUGGAGACACAAAUGAUGACAAUACAGCCGCCGACGAUGACCUCCAGCGAACCAUACAUAACAACAACAACAAACCCAAUAACUUCCAAUACAUUGUCCUCCAAUCACUUGCCGACCGCUAACAUAAUAUCACCACAAUUGGCAAACAGUUCAUUUAAUAUUAACGGUAAUAGUCAACAACAACAACACCAGUCUUCGACCACCACUUUUGUUGGCCAACAACGAGCGUCUUCGCUGAACAUACGCAGCAGUACUUCAUCGCCGCCUAAUCUGGUGGUCAACUUAGAAAAGAUUGACGAAUGCGAAGAGGAUAACAACGCCGCUGCCGACGAUGUGUUCCUAAGUCCUGUAGGUUUGGCGCCGUCGCCGAAACGAUCGUUGCCGGCCACUCCUACCGGUACUAUAUCACCGAAACGUCUCAAACAUCGACCGGAACCGCUUUACAUUCCGCCGCACGUCAACACUUGUGGCUAUCAGUCGCGUCUACGAUCGCCGCGACUCUGGGAUCCGGCAGCAGUUGUCGACACGAAAAAUCUAUCGCCGCCACCCUAUACACCGCCGCCAAUGCUAUCGCCGGUACGUUCCGGUCCCGGCCUGUUCUGGCAUAUCAUCAGCGGCAAUAUGACACCGAAAAGUGGUACACAAAUACAGCCCAAGUUUGUCUACUCGCGGAAGAGCUCUUCCGAUUACAAACCCAUAGAGGAACCCAUAGUACAGACACCGGUUACGGCCUACGAACCGUAUCCGUUGGACAGCGAAAUACCUGAGACGGAUAUUCAGCCGCACGUUAAUAUCGGACCCAGUUAUCAGGCAAGGAUACCGGCGUUCAACAAGAAUCGUGAUGAGGCCAAGUAUAGGCCGGAAAAAGGUGAUAUCGUAUGGGAUCCCAAAUGUGCCGAACGGUUGACCGCCGAAGAUAUCGAAUCGUUUUUGGAUCUGUCGUGUUCGGCUUGUGUUCCCGGCUCUGGCCGUAACAAAGAGUAUGCCAUGCAUUUGCUCUAUUUGAGCGAUGGUGACGUUCAAGACGCUAUCGUUAAGCUACUGGAGCCGAGUCCUACGAUUAAUGGUGGACAUCCACUAUCCGAUUAUCAUUAUUCAGAAAAUGACAUUUGGGUACCGGAAGAGAUCCAAUCAUAUCAGUGCGCACUAAACAAAUGUGAUAAAGACUUCUUCAGUAUUGCCAAAGAGAUUGGAUCCAAAUCAGUGAAACAAUGCAUCCAAUUUUACUAUAUGUGGAAAAAAGUUUGUCCCGAAGAGUACCGACGGUUGCGUAUUAUUCGCCGCAAACGAGAACACGAAACCAUUUUCUAUAAUUUGCGGUCAAAAGAAGCCGAAGAAACAAACAACGCUAACAACAACAACAACAAUAAUAAUACCAAUUCGACAAAAAGUGAUAAUGACUUUGAUGUUGAUAGCGAUCUGACUAAUGGCCCGAACGGCAACAGUGGCCAGUCGUCCGAUUUUGAUGACAACGUAUCAUCGUUUAUGGACAGCGGGAAUCCGAGUCCGGCCAACAGUAUCGGCUCUCAGGUGACAACAACGACGACGACAACGGUAGUUGAUUUUCCGUGCAAAGUGUGCGGCAAAGUGUUUAAUCGGGUAAAGUCCAGGUCAGCCCAUAUGAAAAUUCAUGGCAGCGGCGCUGCCGCCAAAUAUUGAACGCAAUGCCUAUAUAUAUAUAUAUA